UCGACCUCUGCUUAUCGCGUUUUUCUCAUUUCGAGCGAGAGAAGUAGGGUUUUGCGGCGGAGGGAUUGAUGAGCCCUCCUCGUGAUCGAGUUGUUGAGGGGUGCAACCUGGUCGGAAGCACGGCCAAGGACCGCAAUCCCCUUUGUCCAACUCUGCCGGUGCUGCCAGACGACAUCCUGGUCGAAAUCCUGCUGAUGCUUCCUGUGAGGGCCCUUCUUCAAUUCAAGUGUGUGUGUAAGUCUUGGAGAACCCUAAUCUCUAGCCCCCAAUUCGCCAUGGACAACUUUCGUCAACGCUCAUCGGCGGACCGGGAUCUAACGUCGCGUUUGGUAUAUUACAAUCGCCUCUACUACCACUGCCGAGUUGGAUUCUUGCCCCUGCAACCGCUGUUCAAUAGCCCAUCUGCCACUACCAAGGUCGUUAGCUUCGAUAUGGGCUGUCGUGUUGGUGCGCUCGUUGUUAGAGGCUCCUGCAAUGGUUUGGUGUGCUUGCAUCAUCUUCGGAGUUGUUGUCUCCGCCUGUGGAACCCUUGCACUGGAUCCGCAUCCCAAUGGUUUCGAAUUGAGUUUAACUGUUUCACUUAUUAUGGUUUUGGCUAUGAUCACGUGCAUGACAAAUACAAGCUUGUAACAGUGGAAGGACAAUAUUUGACCGUAAUUUGUACAUUUGGUGCAAAUUCUUCGACUAUCGGUCCCAAAUUCCCUUCUCCUGCCGUUGGUUUGUCAGGGUCCAUUGGGAAAUUCGUGAGUGGCACCGGCACUCUCAAUUGGAUGGCAAAGCUGACUGGUUCUGCUGCUAAUGAGAGGAAGUGGGUAAUUCUUUCCUUUGACUUGGCAAAUGAAACUUUUGGCCAAGUGCCGUUGCCUCGUCUGAGUGGCGGCGGCGACAAUACUUGUGAUCCAGAGCUGCAAGUCUUAAGGAACUGCCUUUGUUUUACUAUAGAUCAUAAUAAUACUGUCUUCGACGUGUGGAUGAUGAAGGAUUAUGGAGUAACGGAAUCCUGGAUGAUGAUCUCGCGCGUGAAACUCUGGCGUCACAAGUACAAUAAUCCUUUAACACCCUUCUCCAUCUCGGAACAUGAUGUCCUUUUGCUAAUGCUUCCUGAUAGAAGAUUGGUUCUGCAUAAAUCUGAUUCUGGCCUGUUAUAUUUUCCUCUGAUCGAUAGCUCAAGUGACGCCCAUCACUUUCCUAUAUGCUCCAAAACAAAUUUUCGGAUCUUUUUUCUUUACCAUGACAGCUUAGUUUUGCCACCACAAUAACUUCCUUGAUCGGAGAGUUGAUUGAACUAGGCCAUGAUUGCUUAAGAGAUUAUUAUUAUCUUUGUUACAUUUUUUUACUGUAUUUAUCUUAUGUAUUCCUAUGUUUUGGUUGUUAAAUUGGAACCGUAGCUGUAUGAGAAUUCAGUUAAGUUU